GGAAGGACAUGGUAAAAUUUCCGUUUUUGCUGUCAAAAUGGCCUUGGCAACUCUUUGUGGAGGAAAGAUCAUGGACAAAUUAAGAUAUAUUUUCUCAAUGAUUUCCGACUCCAGUGGAGUGAUGGUUUAUGGCAGAUAUGACACGUUUCUACGGGAGGUUCUCAAGCUGCCCACAGCUGUUUUCGAAGGGCCCUCAUUUGGUUAUACUGAGCAAUCAGCAAAAUCCUGUUUCUCACAACAGAAAAAAGUCACAUUAAACACUUUCUUGGAUACUCUCAUGUCUGAUCCCCCGCCACAGUGUCUAGUGUGGUUACCACUUCUGCAUCGACUGGCAAAUGUUGAAAAUGUCUUCCACCCCGUCGAGUGUUCCUACUGCCACAGCGAGAGCAUGAUGGGGUUUCGCUACCGCUGCCAGCAGUGUCACAAUUACCAGCUCUGUCAGGACUGCUUCUGGAGGGGCCAUGCCAGCGGUUCCCACAGCAACCAGCACCAAAUGAAAGAGUACACGUCAUGGAAAUCACCUGCUAAGAAGCUAACUAAUGCACUUAGCAAGUCUUUAAGCUGUGCUUCCAGCCGUGAACCUUUGCACCCAAUGUUCCCUGACCAGCCUGAAAAACCUCUAAACCUGGCUCAUAUUGUAGAUACUUGGCCCCCCCGACCUGUAACCAGCAUGAACGACACACUCUUCUCCCACUCUGUUCCCUCAGGAAGUCCUUUUGCAAACAGAAGGUUACUUGGGGGUAUAAAUGCAGCCAGUCCUGUGGCUGAUGAGCAUUCUCUUAUAAAGCUCUAUGUAAAUCAGCUGCACAACAAUUCACGCUCUCCUUCCAAGAAUACUGAAGUAGAGCAGAACAAACUGCUGGCUAGGGCUGCUCCAGCUUUCUUGAAAGGCAAAGGGUUACAGUACAGCCUGGAUGUUGCAGACAGGCUAGCCGAUGAACAUGUGCUCAUUGGGUUGUAUGUCAACAUGCUGCAGAGCAACCCCGCACGCGUGCUCGACAGCGCAAGUCGCCUGGAUGAAGAGCAUAAGCUGAUCGCCAGGUAUGCAGCAAGGCUGGCAGCAGAAACUUCUUCUUCACCUUCUCUUUUACAACAGCAACAGGGUCAGCAGAGAGGGGCAGCAGAUAUCUCCUUCACCAUUGAUGCAAACAAGCAACAAAGGCAGCUGAUUGCAGAGCUUGAAAAUAAAAACCGAGAAAUCCUACAGGAAAUCCAGAGGCUGCGACUUGAACAUGAACAAGCGUCUCAGCCCACACCAGAGAAGGCACAACAAAAUCCCACCCUCCUUGCAGAGCUCCGGCUCCUGAGACAGCGGAAGGAUGAGCUGGAACAGAGGAUGUCUGCUCUCCAAGAAAGCCGAAGGGAGCUUAUGGUUCAGUUAGAAGGCCUCAUGAAACUGCUGAAG